GCCUGGUAAAGAGACUACGAAAUCGACACAUGUGAGGAAAAGUUGACAUAAAAAUAGCUGGAAAAUGGCGAAAUUCAUCGCUCAAAUUAUCAUUCUUGGAGGUCAAGUCAUUGGAAGAGCUUUCGCACAGGCUUUGAAACAAGAAUUUCGAAGUGGUGAUGCAACCCGUCGCGCAGCAGCUAGUUCAGGUGAAGGAGCAAAACGUGCAGCAACCAAUAGCAUGAUGGGAAUGACAAUACAGGAAGCAAAACAGAUACUCAAUGUUCAAGAACUGGACAAGGAAGUAAUACAAAAAAAUUUUGAUCACUUAUUUAAAAUAAAUGACAAGAAAGCUGGUGGCUCAUUCUAUCUACAGUCAAAGGUGGUACGAGCAAAGGAACGAAUAGAUGAAGAAUUGACGCAGCAGAACUCAAGCAGCAAAAAUAAAGAAAGUUCAACAACAGAGAGUUCAGAGAAAUCAUAGUACAUUUUGUAAAGAUAAUAAUUACUAUCAUUAACCAAACAAACACAUAGUUUUCUAAGCAGCUGGUCUCUGCUUGAUGGACUUCCAACCAUGUGACAUGUUGCACCCAGCUGCUUGUCAAUGAAAGGAACUUUACAUGAGGAGAAAAACUUCACUGAAUUUUGAAGAACCUGUUAUUAUAUGUUCCAGUAUGGACAACUUUAAUGGUCAAACAACAUGUAAAAGAAUGAAAAUGAAGUUUACUACAUGCAGAAAAAUUUCCCUAAAAAUCUGUGAAUAUGUGUGUGUAUAUGUAUGUACUGUGUGAUCAUCUUAAUCAUGUCAUCAUCAUCUUGAUUUGUCAUCGUAAUCAUUUUAUUCUUUUAAGCAUUUGAUCACACUAGGUGUGUACAAAGACUUAAAUGGUAUUAAUGUUGAAAUGUUUAAGUUGUUUAUUAUACCUGGAGCAAUCCUAAGGUUUCACUAUUAAUAUUUUUGGAUUAUAUUUGGUCAGUUUUCUUACAACAUUUUUACCAGUAAAUGACUAAUUUGAAUACA